AUGGCGACGGGGAGGGUGGAUAAAGUCUUCGGCGCGUCCACCGAUUAUAGCACUUUCGGAAUUUACGGAUCAGAGCUCGGCAAGAAGGACAGCAACAGGCGAGUUAAGAGGGGUGACGGCGAGGGGCGAGGGGCGAGGGCACGGUGCGGACGACGGGGGACGGAACAGCACAGGCGACCAGCGAAAGGGCACAGCCAACCGUCGCCGCCGAUGGAUUAUGCAUGGAGGGAAGCUGGAGGCGACGAUGAUGCUCUGGCAUUGAACCCUGCAUGGAAAACUGAUGGUAUAUUGUCAGUGGACUCUGGCGGUGGCGGGGUUUCUCCGUCAGACAUGGUGUGA